UCUCUUCAUAUGUCCAACAACGGGACCAGAAGGAUUAUCGCCAUUUUACAGUAUUACUAACUUCAGCAGUACAGCAGUACAUUAUUGGCAAUGCAUGAAUUGAAUGUCUCUUAGGGUCAUCUUAUUUGUGCUCUUAUCUCACCAUAGGUUCCGCCGGUGCCCUCAUCCGGUCAACGUUCUUUAGCCAUUGACAGGCAGAAGCCGUAGGAUAGCUUCGAGGAGUUUCCCUUGGACUACGGACCUACCCAUUCCUCCCUUUUCUUCGAGGAAAUCAGCGUGAGGUUCAAUAUUUCUAUUUACUUUCCAUUGUUCCUUUUCACGAGAGAGUGUCGAUAAGCCGCUGUUCCUUCGCAUCUUGUCGUUGGCCUCCUCGAUUGUCACUGUUCAUAGCAUUGCUAUGUCUUCUUUUUAUAAUGAUGGGUGGAUCAAUAGCUCUCCAAAGAUGCUCCAUUCUCCGGACGACUCAGGUUAUGACAGUUCAUCUCCCAGACGAAGGUUAAGUAUAUUAAGUGACACUCAUUCGACUCAUGACCCUGCCCUGCCACGGUUCCGAGAUGAAAAUGGAAAAGAAUGGAAAACGAGUCUUUCCAUGCGGAUCAAAAAUGUGAUCAAUGGAGUUCCUAUCGACCAAAAUCUGUCAACCAUUGCCCCAAAUAGCCUCCGGUUUGAUGGAUCAUCUGAUAGUCCCAAAACUCCAAUUACUUCAUCCUCUUCGACACUACCUCGACCAAAUAUCAAGUCAAGACCAACUCUUUCGAACACGCUCCGGGCUCGAACAUCAGUUGACUCGACCCCAACCAGAAAGUCCGCUAGCUCCUUGCACUCUCCCGAUCGAUUUCUCCCUGUUCUGAAAGGAUCUGAUUCCGCGGCACAAACCUUCCGUGCUAAUAAAGAUCCUGGAAGUCUCUCGCCUUAUGAAAGAUUGAUGAGACAUAAUAGUGCAAGCCUUGAUGCUUUCAACCCACGUCGACGUGCUACAUCACCAAUUCCCCUAGCUUCUCGACCUGAUUCCAGAAGAAUUGUUUCUGCAAAUCGUGGCAGAGGUGCUACUUGCCCUAAUUUUUCAGAGAAGUGCUCCGGUAACACCCAAUGGGGAGAGGCAGCUAUUCAAGAAUUUGAGAAAAAUUCAUCUUUCUCUGCCGUACUGAUUACCACAGGAACCGUUUGGGCUGUCGGAGGAGUGGCUCCUGUGAGCGCUGGCAUCUCAGAUGGGCGUGGCGGUAUGCUGGGCAGUGGAACUAAUGCACCAUUAUACACAACAUCCUUCUCCGCUUCACGUCCAAAAGCACAAGAAGACUUUGAAAAGCAUGAAGACAGGCUGGCACAAGCAUUAGAUAUUGACCGCACACAACGCGUCUUUGAAUUUCGAGACCCAUUAACCACGCCACCCACUACACCACUCGAUUCUAGGUCGAAGAGGCAUAUCUUUGACACCAAAACUACAUGGAAUGGAACAGAGUGGGUGCUUGGUGGACCGGAACAAAUUCUAGAUGCACCAAACUUACGAGAUGACUUUUAUUGCUCGGUACUCGCAUACUCUGCAACGAGUCAUACACUGGCCGUUGGUCUGGGCUCAUUGCUUUAUGCGUGGUCCGAAAUGGCGGGAGUUCAUUUACUUCAUGGCGGAACUUCAAAUGCUUCUUGGUUGACAUCGCUGGCAUUCUCAUCCACACAAGGAGCCAAAUCAAUACUUGCCUUUGGCAGGUCUGAUGGUUCUCUGAGUUUGUUAUCACUUUAUGAUAGUCUUUUGCCUAGAUUCGAAGUCCAACAGCCCUGUCCUAUAGCUUGCGUCACUUGGAGACCUUCGAUAACAAUGCGACCUUCGCGAAAUCCACUAGCCCCGGGUAUUAUGGUGAAGACAGAAGACCUGAUUGUCGGAGAUGAACAAGGGAACAUAUAUUACUAUGUCGUUGAAUGGCCUGAUGCAUGGGAAAUAACUCGCGAUGGCUGGUCUGGCUCUAUGACACUUAUUGCCAAGAUCUCUAUUCACACUCAACAAAUAUGUGGUCUCUCAUUUUCCACAGAUGGCUCAUCAUUCGCAACUGGAGGUAAUGAUAAUCUUUGUUGUCUUUUCCGUACAAAUGAAGUCACCCGGCCUUCUCGUGGUCAACUAGGCACCGCUGAAGAAGUAUUCCUUGCCACGGCAGGUAUGCGUCGCAUACACAGCGUAGCGGGUCAAAGUCGUGUCAAAGAAAUCACUUCCGGGGCCGAGAAACAUCGUUGGAUUCAUGGAGCCGCUGUCAAGGCAAUUGCAUUUUGCCCCUGGAGAGAUGGCCUCAUUGCAACUGGCGGUGGAAGCAACGAUAAAUGCAUCCACUUCUUUCACACCUCUUCCGGAGCUUGUCUGGCUACCAUUAGUGUAGCAGCUCAAGUUACUUCUCUUAUUUGGUCCACUACUCGUCGUGAAAUUGCAGCCACAUUCGGGUACGCACAACCUGAACAUCCAUAUCGAAUCGCCGUUUUUAGCUGGCCAGACUGUAAACAAGUAGCUGCUAUUCCAUGGGAAGGCGAGCAUCGAGCACUAUUUGCGAUUCCAUAUCCAGGUGGCCCAAAUGAAAGCCAUAGUAGUAGGGAAGGGGGAAGGGCCUUGACAAGAACGGCUCAAGAAGGUUGCUUAGUUGUAGCUAGUAGUGAUGAGAGUGUUAAGUUUCAUGAGGUUUGGACAAGUAGUAUGAAGGCUACUAGUGGAGGUGAGGGUUUACUAGGUGGAAGUGAUAUUUUAGAGGGUUUGGAGGGAAUUGACAAGGAGGGCGGUGUUAUCAGAUAAAUCUGUUUCAUAGCAUCGAGGCGGUCAAUGGCGGCGUGAAGAUGAGUGUUCGAAGAACGCGUAAGGAAUCGACGUACAUACGGUAGUGUAUACAUCUGUGCGAAACAAAUUGAUAUGGGAUAAGGACAAAACUAGAGAGGGGAGGGAGGAAGUUACUAGAUGAAAUGAACGAGGAAUUCAGAGAGAUUGAGGGAUGGAGAGAUGAAGAGAUGAUACCACACCUGCCUUUCUUUUGCCAGUUG